UUGAUACUACUCUUCCCUGCUCUUGCUCUUUCCUUGUCAGCUGAAGUUGUUCAAACUCAGGACUGUUGCCAAAAGAGCAGCACCAUCCUCGGCAGCACAUUUCUGCACCUCCCUCGUGCUGUAGCAACUGUGCGUGAACCACAUAGUAAAUUAUUCUGGUACCAUGCUGCUUUGCAGUUAGUCACUGCAGGGGGAGCUGUGAAAAUACAAGAGUGGGGAAUGACAUGACUGCCUCUACUUACAGCAGCCUUAGAGCAGCUUAAACUGACCAGGAAACCGCAUCCUAAAUUUCCUGUGAAAGCUAGUGGAAUGAAUGCUGUAUGACUCAAUAAUCUAACCAUUAUACUUGUAAUUAACUUUCUUAAUCACACUGUACUACAAGUAAUUUAACUUGCUGCCAUUAUUAUUAAUUCAGAGACAUGGUGUGUUAUAGUAGCCUUUAAAGUCAAGGAGAAGACAGAUCAUUCUUUCUCAGUAGUGAAUAACAGAAGCAAAGGAAUCAAAAUAAUGUUUGGAUACUUGCACUCCGUGCGAGUGUGCAUACUUCACACAAGCGCACAAGUGUAUGGUGGGGUCAGUGCUCCUUACUAGGAUCUUACCAUUUAAACAAAACAUUCCUGUCCCCUGGGAGGUGGGUUGCACUAACCAUGGGAAUAAGGAUGAUCCAAAACCAGUUUCGGUAUAGGCAGAAGUCAAAUCUUACCAUGUCUUCUGGUUGGGAAUCAGACCUUGUGGAGAAAUCAGGGACUGAUAACCCUUUUUCUUGCCUUUAGGUGGCAUGGUAGCUACGUGUGCAGUGGCACAUGAGAAGGACAUUUGCAAUGAAGAGCAGGCCACUGGACAUUUUUAAAGGAAGGAUUCAAAGCACGUUUAUGCACUUGAGUGACAACAUACUUCAAGGGCUGCGUUUGAAGUGUUGUUACGGAUCUUUGAGCAGUCAUUUAAAGGUAUAUCCCUGUAUCUUCUAGUCCUGCAAUCUGUUUCACAAGGUCAAAACCAAUAAGGAAUACCUAAGGAAUGUAUGUCCCAGAAAUAUAAAGCGUGGACCUGACGAGCUUCUUUCUUCUGGACUCUAGAACAAGUCUUUCACCAUGAGCAACUCUACUCCAGCUACAGAUAAUGAGAGUGACAAGAAGAAAUUUAAAGAAGACAAAUCACCAUCCUCCCCAUCACGUGUCAUUCAUCUUCGCCAAAUCCCAAAUGAUGUUACCGAAGCAGAAGUCAUUUCAUUAGGCCUCCCUUUUGGCAAAGUAACCAACCUCUUGAUGCUAAAAGGAAAAAGUCAGGCAUUUUUGGAAAUGGCUUCUGAAGAAGCUGCUGUUACUAUGGUCAACCACUAUACUCCCGCUACACCUUGUCUCCGCAGUCAGCCUGUUUAUAUUCAAUUUUCCAAUCACAAAGAACUUAAGACUGACAAUCUACCUAAUCAGGCUAAAGCCCAAGCUGCAUUGCAAGCUGUGAAUGCUACGCAGUCUGGAAACUUGGCUAUUACAAGUGGUCUUGCUCCUGAAGGUGGGAUCCUUCCAGGUCAAAGUUCUGUUCUUCGAAUCAUUGUUGAAAAUAUUUUCUACCCUGUCACUUUAGAAGUGCUGUAUCAGAUUUUCUCUAAAUUUGGAUCUGUCUUGAAGAUUAUCACCUUCACUAGGAACAAUCAAUUCCAAGCUUUGCUCCAGUAUGCUGAUCCAAUGAGUGCAUAUUAUGCCAAAAUGGGUCUGGAUGGCCAAAGUAUCUACACUGCAUGCUGCACUCUGCGUAUUGAUUUCUCCAAGUUAAGUAACCUUAAGGUGAAGUACAACAAUGACAAAAGUAGAGAUUUCACUCGCCUUGACCUUCCUUCUGGUGAUGGCCAGCCAUCUCUGGAGCCAUCCAUAGCUAGUCCAUUUGGCACCCCAAAUAUCAUCUUCCAAUCAUAUGCAGGAGCUCCUGGGUUUGCCCCAGCCAUUGGGUUUCCCCAAGGUGCUGGUUUUCCAGUUCCAUCUGUUUCUGGAGCACUUAGUUCUCAUGCAGUCACCACACCUGGAGCAUCCGGACAGAUGACUAUUCCUAAUGUUACUAGUGUUUCAGGAAAUUCAGUUCUACUAGUCAGCAACCUCAACCCUGAAGCCAUCACACCACAUGGACUUUUCAUCCUGUUUGGUGUGUAUGGUGAUGUGCAUCGUGUGAAGAUCAUGUAUAAGAAAAAAGAAAACGCUUUGGUUCAGAUGGCAGAUGCAACCCAGGCUCAAUUAGCUAUGAGCCACUUGAAUGGACAGAAGAUUUAUGGAAAGGUCCUCCGUGCUACUCUUUCAAAACAUCAGGUAGUUCAACUUCCUCGUGAGGGACAAGAGGACCAAGGUCUGACAAAGGACUAUAGCAAUAGCCCUUUACAUCGCUUUAAGAAGCCUGGCUCUAGGAAUUUCCAAAAUAUCUUUCCUCCAUCUGCCACCCUGCAUCUCUCCAACAUCCCGCCUUCUGUUACUGUUGAUGAUCUGAAGAAACUUUUUGCAAAUACUGGAUCUACUGUGAAAGCCUUCAGGUUCUUCCAGAAAGAUUGCAAAAUGGCUCUUAUCCAGCUGAGCUCUGUGGAAGAAGCAGUUCACGCUCUCAUUGAGCUUCACAAUUAUGACCUUGGAGAAAACCAUCACCUCCGAGUUUCCUUCUCAAAAUCUACAAUCUGACUUUUCUGUGAACUUUCCUAUUAAGGCUACAUCAUACUUUUAGUAAAAUCUUCAAGUAGACACUGAAACAGUUGUGACCAGCUCUGUGUCUUAAAAGAAAAAGCUCAUUCAUAUACAAAGAAUUCAGUGCUGAUGUUUUCUGAUUUUUAGCUCGCAGUAUGUGAUCAAAGUUUAUCAUUCAUCCAUAGAAAGAUUCUUCUGUAAAAUUGCUUUAGCAACACUAUUUAUCAUUAAAUUUCCUACUUAUAUUUUGGGAACAUCCUUCUAGCUUUUGUUUGAAAUCAACCUUACAAAACAUUUCUAAAAUGCUUUUACAAUAUAACAAACAAAAAGUAUUUCUAACAAAAUGGUAAAUCUACUCUACACAGGUUAAACACUAAUUUGAAUGGGAAAUAAAGCUUGGGUUUCUUGAAGAAAA